AUGAACCCGCCGGGUGUAGACUGGGCCUAUUCCUCCGCAGCGGUCGCAGCUAGCAACUGGCCGGACGCGCUCGAUGUUAGAAAUGGGAUGUACCAACCGCCUGCUGAUGCGAUGGGGCGACCGAUGGGCUGGCCCUUGGGACCGCAUCCUGAUUUACCAGAAAUGUCAGGACUCAUGAACUCUGGAAACUACCCUGGUUGGAAUGGAUACGCAGCCUUGGCUGGUCCUACUUGUCCGAUGAAUCCCGAUAUUUUCGCACGUGGAAUGAACGGAUUGCUUCACAAUCCAGCCGCCCAGGGAAUGAUCAAACAUGAGCCCAAAGAUAUUUCGCCAAAAGCAGAAGGGAAGAACAGACUCCCCCUUUUGUCGCCGAGUCAAAAGUCACACAGUGAAGAGGAUCUUUCAUUGUCACCCGAAGAACGAGAACGAAGGGAGCGAGAGAGAAGUAGAUUGGCGAACAACGCCAGGGAACGACUGCGCGUAAAAGACAUCAACGAAGCAUUCAAAGACCUCGGCCGCAUCUGCCAGGCGCACUUGAAAACGGACAAGCCACAGACGAAACUGGUGAUUCUUCAGCAAGCGGUGCAAGUGAUCGCUCAACUCGAAGUUCAACUGCGAGCAACGAUGGUGCCGGGAAUGGACCCCUCUCAAAUCAACCAAACUUCGCAGCUCGCAGCUUACAACCAAGUUACUCCCACUUCGUCAGCCGCGAUGCAGCCGAGUUUUCUGCCGCUGAUCAACCACUCUGUUCCCAACUCUGCAGCAAACCUGGCUCCUCCUCCGCCUCCACCAGCUUCAACCAGCGCUGGAAGUCUGCUCCCAAUUUCGCCUCCCGCACCGCCUGUCGCAACAGUUUCUCCGACAGUCAGUCAGCCCCAGCCCACAACAGCUACCAGCUAA